AUGCCACCCUCGARCAACCACGACCUCACCAUCAACAGCAGCCGUCCAAGCUCGCCGGACGAAAACAACGCUUUCACAACCGGGAUGAGCUUCCUACACUCGACGCCGCAGCGAGGCCCGGCCAACUACGACCAGUUCAACGGAUACGCCGAGCCAUCCAUGCAUAACAGUGACCAAGAGCAGGAAUAUUCAUCAUCAAUUGAGAUGGGACGCGGCAUCAACCGAGGCGUGCGGGACGACUUUGCAGACGACCGAUCGUCGAAUGCUCCGCUCAGCUUUGGCAAUGACAAUAGCAUGUACGAUGUUGUUGACACCCCGCCGUCACGCCCACGGACCAGCCAGCGCAAGUCCGAUGGCUCUCUGCGCAAGGAUGCCGCCGUUCGUCGAGCUACCGAGUCUGUCAAAGCGAAUGAGGUUCAUAAGAGAAGCAAAAAUGGCGCAAAGGCACGCGCUGCGUCCGACGGGGUCAGACUCCAGCAAGAAACAGCAUCGCCGCAGCAGACUGUGACCAUGAACGCCUUUAACGUGCGAGGUUCUCGCUUCACAGGCUCGCGACAAGUAUCUGCGCAUGCCGCGUCCCUGCCUACGCGCUUCACGUCCUACGGAGGUCUAGAGUUCAGCAAUCAAACCGCGACAGCUAUCUCUGCUACAUACAACACCAGCCAGACGAACCAAUCGUUCAUGCUACCCGACCUCUCCAACAUCAAUGAGCUGGUCCUGGGUGCGCGCAAAGAUGGCACUCCUGUGGCCAAGCGCACGUCGCGCUCGCGUUUCACAUCCGCAUCUUACAACCCGCAUUCUCUUUCCCACAUACCCGUGGACGGCGUUGCUGUCCCGAACGACGAAAAGGCCAUUUAUGCUUCUCUGCAGAUGUUGAAGGGUAGGCUCACUCAGCUCGAAAUGGAGAAUGGUGAGGCUCAGAAGCGUGCAGAACAGUUUGAGGCUGAGAACAUCAACCUGCGAAGUCAAGUCAAUGUCGGCACGACUCGACCGGACAGUGGAGUUGGCUCCGACGAUGACACUAUUGGGCCGGGACAGUCGAAGCUUCAGGCUUCAGUACAAGCCCUGCAGAACCACAUCAGCCGAUACGAACGCAAGAUCAGCGCGUCAGAGGCUGCCGUCAACCGGAUUACCAAGGAGCGCGACUCUUUGAUCACUCAGAUUGGYCAGGCCUAUUUAAAGCACGAGGAGCUGGUUGAGGAGAAUGAAGUUUUCCGUGAGACUCAAGCACAGCUCGUGACUGAAAAUGAAGACUUACGGCAGGACGUUAAAGAAUUGAGGGAGAACCAUGCGAGCGUCCUCGAACAGCUCGAACGGAUGAAGAACAUGCAUUCGAACGAGAGAGGAAGUCUGCACAAAAAGACUUCAACCAGCAAAGUCAAAGGUUCAAAGAAGACAGACGGCGAGGAGGCGGACGACAUCGCGGGUGGGCCGUGGCACUUCACUGAAAAUCUAACGACUGGUGAGACCAGCAUUCGCAGCCGGAAAGAGGGACGUACUGUCUCCACCGAAUCGCGAACAACGCGUCGCAAGACUGACGAAGGCGUUUCGGCGCGAGAUAUGGCCGCCAGGAUCGAAGGUGAAAUUCAAAGGCUCAGGGAGGAAGCGCGCUCCCGUGACAUACGACCAACUGGAAAGCCAUCGCAACGUUCUGGGAAUGCUAGAUCUAGGUCGAGAUCGCAACGUCGCCGCAGCACCAACGAUACUGAUCACACUACCUCCAGGGUCUCAAGAAGAGUCUUUUCGGCCCCUGCAGAUACCAUCACCAGCGAUGUCGACAUGACAGCGAGUGGAGAGGAGACCACUCAAACUCGUUGGAAACGUGGCAAAGAGCGUGCUGCCGAAGAAGCCCAGAUAGAACAAGACAUCACAGUGCUAAGCGAGCUGGACUUCGACCUCGCUGCUAAUCUGCGUAAGAAGCUGGAAGAGGAGCGGCGGUCGAAACGCUCCCAGCGAGGUCAGACCCAGGCUAUCGAGCUUGACCACACUGGCCGUUCGGCGAUACGUAAAUCGCUGCCCCGCAAAUCAUCCAUGAAAGACGUUACCGCCGGUGCAGACGAAGGCACUGGUCGCUUCAGCAUUGGAGGAAAGACCAUUGAAGAGAUUAUCAAAACCGCAAAGACGGUGCGCGUACAGUCACCRCAUUCUUCUGAUGCCACCUUUCCACCCCAGCCGCCAGAGUUCACGGAGAUAGAAGACGCUUCCAUGCUGAGCAACACCAGUCGCCGACGACGACGGAGCAGCACAGAGGGUAUGACAUCGGCCUUCAUCAUCCCGGACAUCACAAUAGAGGGAGCUCAAGGAAUGGAUCUUGGAAAAGUCUGCAUAACGCACAACGCUGCAGGUUGCACUGUCUGCUCAUCCUCCAGCACAAAAUUCGAGAUCCCAAAGCCCAUUCCCGUCUCAGACCGUGAGCUCGAAGAUGUGACAAACGCUACCAUCCGGCCCUCUCAGCCGCCAGCUGAGGCUCUCGCCACGGUAAUCAAGAACCUGGAAGAUGAGAUCACGCAUCUGAAGAUGCAGAAGGAAGUCCAAAAUCAGGCUUACAACCAGCACGAUCCGGCAUUGUCUAGGCACAGAAGACUGGCCGUCAAAGCGGAGCUUGGUCGACUGAUCGCUCUCAUCGAGAAACGCAGUGACCAAGUCUACGCACUCUAUGAUGUCCUUGAGGGUCAAAAGCAGCAAGAGAUGAAUGAGAGCCAGGAGAUUGACGAGAGCAUUGAAGUUGGGAGGAAAGCGCCUGCUGACCUGGCCGAUGAAGAUGAAUUCAGUGGGGUCGAGAGCGACGAGUUGCCCUGGGAGGGUUUGAGCGAGGUGGAAAGUGAUGAUUAG